AUGGUGUGGACUGAAAUUCGAGCUCAAAACGUGCACAUGAUCACGAAGAUUUCGUGGGCCCCGAGUAGGAACAUCUCCAGGAUCCCGCCAAGGUUGAGGGACAGGGCCGACAUCUCGAUUGUGACCACGGUCUUAACCCAGUUGCGAUACAUGUGCAUGCAGGUGACCAUGGACAUGGUGAGGAAGUUUGAGCAGUUCGAGUCUGGGGAGAAUUUCUACUCUAGAGUCAAGGGGGUGAUGAUCGUGUACACGCCGACGAUCAAGAUCUUGAAUGUGGGCUUGUACCCACCCAAACGAACAGAAAAUCCUGCCGCCCAUUGCGUGCGUCCUCGCGUACUCGCCUUCGACGCAUGUCGGGUCAACGCUUUCGGUGCAGAUCUUGUCCCCGGCCAUGGCUGCGGUCGGAGUUGGGAUCAAGUCCAAGAUCAAGCGCAGGAAGAAGGAACAGGACCCAUACGAGGAGUCGAACGAAUAUUUGCUUAUGUCCAGAUCCACAACUCGUUCGGGUUCAAGAUCACAGCCAUGACCAUGGGCGCAUUCGCAGAUGACACCGUGAGGAGGACCUUCAGCUCGAACAGGGGUACAGCCGCGAUGAUGCAUUACAUCGGGGUGACGAGCCCGGCCGCCAUCUCAUACAUGGACGUCCCGUUUGAGUUCGCGAACGAGAAGCGCAUCGGGGCAGUCACCAGGGCCCUGAUUGACCACACCGCAGAAGGACUAUUCGACUUCUUCUCGACUAUGGCCAGGAGCUUAUUCAACGACACGAGCAUGGGCACAACCCCCAACACAAUCACGAACAAGACCCAGCAGUUGAUCAUCACUGAGAACAUGAUCAGCAAGUUGAACGACAUCUUGGCAUCGACUUCAUGGGAUGAUGAUGAAAUAGCGGAAGUGCUCAAUUCGUACGAGGACCCGAGGCCAGAUAUGAUCAAGGAGAUGGAGCAGGCCGUGGCCGUGGCUGCCACUUUGCCCCGUCUUCAAGCCUAG